AUCUCACUCUGCAGACCAGGCUGGCCUCGAACUCACAAAGAUCCGCCUGCCUCUGCUUCCCGAGUGCUGGGAUUAAAGGCGUGCACCACCACUGCCCGGCACCAUUUAUUAUAUUUAUCAUUACCAUUAUUUCUGUGUUGUGUGUGUGGCCCUGUACCACUGUGUGAGUGCCUGCAUGCAAGCAGAAGCCAGAGGAGAUGGCUCGAGUCUUUACCAUCUUCCUUUUUCCCUCCAGGGUUUGUUUAUUGGAAGGGAAGCUUGCCAUCCUCCAGGCUAGGCUGGCUCUCGGGAUCUGUUUGUCAAUCUGACUGUCUGACUGUCAAUCAAACAGUUAUGGGAACAAACAGCCAUGCCUGUGUGGUAUGCCUGCAUAACAAGUGCUUUUAUCCACGGAGCCAUCUCUCCAGGCCUUAAUUCCGGGCACUAGGAAGGCUGAGGCAGGAGGAUCUUGCUUUUGAGGCUGGCCUCCUCGGUGUAAUAAGAUCUUAUCUCAGAAAAUAAAGAAAUAAAGAAUAAGUGGCUGCUUGUAGGGGCCGGGGUUUCCCACCCACACCUUGCCUGCUUUGGGAAACUCUGUUCAAACACAAAAAGAAAGGGUGAGAGGAUGUGGGGCGGGGUCAUCAAGAACCCACAUCAAGCCACCCAAACAAACCGACUGCACCCAGAAAGCAGAAACCCAUAACCAACAACCCGCCUGGUGGUACAGGACCGUACUUCCGGCUACCCCGGAGACUGCCGAUCACAAAUUCAAGUCAGCCUGGGCUAUGGCAGAAUGAAUCCAAAACUACGAAACCUGAAUUUGCAGGUAGGUAAGGUGCAUGCAUUCUGGGAGGCUGUAUCUAGUUUAAAGGAGGAUAAAGUGCUGGGGAAUUCGGACGUUGAACCCACAUAGCCAGAGGAAGGAAGUUAGGGGCUCCCUGAAGCUGAGGUGAUGCUUUUACGCCUCUGAGACAGGAAGUGGUAGUUUGGGUGUCUUACAGAAAGUGACUGAUUAGACCCAAGGCUAUAUCUCAUAUACACUCAGCCUGGACUUUGCCUCUGUGAGAAUGUGGAAGCCUGCCUUCCUGGCCACACCUGGAAUCAAAGCCCGUCUUUCCGGAUACUGUCACCCAGAUCUAAACGUAUCGAGAAAGUUAGGAGAACUUGAGGGGACUUGGAGAGGUGAGGGUCCUGGGGGAACCCAGAGACCGGGAGGUGGAGGUGAAGGAGAAGAACCGAGCAGACAGACAAACAUCAGCUGAUUGAAGGUGAGAAAGAUAGGGAAUAGUGCCCUGAGCAAAGGCUGGCCUGCCUCAACCAGUCUUCCAGCAAGUGUGGCCACAAAAGCAGGUGUCUUCGACCCCAUAUAUCUGAGGACUGCUCCCUGACCUGGGAGACCCAGCCUCUCCACUUCUCCUACAGAGCCCAGCAUGUGGAACUACCUGUACUUGCUGCCAGUCUUCCUAGCUCUGUGGGCUGCGGCUGGCAUCUGGAUUGUCUUCGCAAUUGCCGUGGCUAACAGGACUGUGGACCUCGGGAACGGCUUCCCCUUUAUCAGUAAAUGUGGGUCUUACGCUCCCCAGAGCUGCAUUUUCGGCCAAGUCCUCAAUACAGGAGCUGCUCUAGCUUGUUGGAUCUGCAUUGUGCGUUAUCAUCAACUCCGGGACUGGGGAGUCAAAACGUGGCAAAACCAGUUGAUUCUGUGGACGGGGCUCCUCUGUGCCCUGGGAACCUCCAUAGUAGGCAAUUUCCAGGAGAAUAACCAGAAGGCCACACACCUGAUAGGGGCCUUUCUGGCCUUCAUCCUGGGCAACCUGUACUUCUGGCUACAAUUCUUUCUGUCCUGGUGGGUGAAGGGCCUGCCCCAACCUGGGCCCCGCUGGAUUAGGUGUCUACGCCAGAGCUUCUGCAUCCUCUCCACCGUCCUCAUCGUGGCCAUGAUCAUCCUGUACUCCCAACGUAUGCGAUCCGCCUCCGCGGUCUGCGAGUGGGCAGUGGCCAUGCUGCUCUUCGUCCUCUUUGGCUUCUUUGCCGUGGACUUCUCCAGCUUGCGUGGAUGCGCCCUGCAGUUACAGCCCAAACUGGACUCCAGCCUCUCACAGGCUCCCUCUGAGUCUCCAAAUACACAGAUGUCACAGGCGCUCUGACUAGGUGCCCGACUGUUGGUGGAGGAAGAAAGACCGGGCCAGGCCAGGCUCACGCAACGAUGACCGGGAGGCUGAGG